UCACAUUCAAGAUGUCGGCGGUGUCAAUGUAUCCCAUGUGUGUACGGGCGAGCCGGGGCCUCUUCAGACUGCGACAGGGCGCCAGCUCAGCCCAAGCGGUGCUGGAUGUUGUCAGGGCACUUUCGGCUGACACCACCAGUCGUAGUGCCACAGGAGGUCUGGCCCAGGCGAUACUACAAGAAAGUCUUCAGCAACAGCAGAAAAGCCAGGGCCAGCCUCCACCAGAGGGCGAUGCCUCUGGUCAGAAGAAAGAUGAACAGGGUGAGGACAAGAAACAGAAAGAGAACACCGCGUACGCUAAGAAGGUGGUCCUACGGUUAGCAGGGAUAAUGGGACUUGGAAGUGCAGUCGGCGUUGUAUACUUAUUUGGUAGCAGUUCUACGGAUGAACAAGGAAAUAAGAUUCCAGAUGAGUUUGAUAAUGAUGUUCCAGUCAUUCAGCAGCUCAGAAGAACCUUCAAAUACUUCAAAGAUUACAGACAGAUGAUCAUUGAGCCAACAAGCCCAAAGCUUCUCCCAGACCCUCUGCGAGAACCCUAUUAUCAGCCUCCUUACACUUUAGUGCUGGAGCUGACCGAUGUUCUCCUGCAUCCAGAGUGGUCGUUGGCAACAGGCUGGCGUUUUAAGAAGAGGCCUGGCAUAGACUACCUCUUCCAGCAACUGUCUCCGCUCUAUGAGAUAGUCAUCUUCACAUCAGAGACAGGCAUGACGGCGUAUCCUUUGAUUGACAGCAUAGACCCUCAAGGAUUUGUGAUGUACCGACUCUUUAGGGAUGCCACACGCUACAUGGACGGCCACCACGUUAAGGACGUGUCUUGUUUGAACAGAGACACCUCUAAAGUCAUUGUCGUGGACUGCAAGCGGGAGGCCUUUAAUCUACAGCCUUUCAAUGGCUUGGCACUGUGCAAGUGGGAUGGCAACUCAGAAGACCGCACACUCUAUGACUUGGCUGCCUUCCUGAAAACAAUUGCCAUUAGUGGAGUGGAGGAUGUUCGUACCGUGCUGGAGAACUAUGCCCAUGAGGAGGACCCCAUUGAAGCCUUCAAAAGAAGACAAGCACAGCUUGCUCAGGAGGAGGAACAAAGACUUUCGGAGCUUUCUCUGCAGAAGAAGCAGGGAUUUUCAUUAGGUUCCAUUGCGGGUCGUUUCUGGUCCCGAAAGCAGCAGUGAGGACUCGUCCUAUUCACACCUACCUUAAACAGUCCAACCUGGAUUAUGACCAGCCAUAGAGAUGAGGGUCAUAGACAAACGGGUGGACA